AUGACUUUUAAAACAGGCAAAAUAAGAACCCAUAUUUUUCAACGUUCGACACGUGUCCCUAAUGAGACAAAUCUUUCCCCCGCCUUUAAACCACGCCAGUAUUCUCCUUCACCACCAGAACGUACUGUAGAGAUUCUGCAAAACCAAAAACCCUGCUUCACUGUCCUCCAAAACCCCUUCCCUCAGGACCGCCUGGACCUCCCUCUCGACGCCCUCAUCGCCGAAUCCAAGCAACAACGCCGUCACAACAGCCACGCUCACCAGCCACGAGGGCAUAACGGUCAUUUCGGCGGCGGAGGCUCCACCUCAGGCCCCUCUCGUCGGCCGAUGAACCGCAACGCCUACAGAACGGCGCCGUAUCCCACUCUGCCGGAAAUGCAAGGACAGCCUGGACCCAGAAGGAUUGAGCUGCCAUUGGCUUUGAGCCAAGCGAUGAACAGUGAGGGAAGCACCAAGCUUUAUAUAUCUAACUUGGACUAUGAUGUUACCAAUCGAGAUAUAGAGUUGCUCUUCUCUGAGGUUGGUGAAUUGGAAAGGCACUCAAUCCAUUAUGAUAAAAGUGGAAGAUCUAAGGGAACAGCUGAAGUUGUCUAUAAGCACUAUUCAGAUGCUCUAGCAGCAAUCGAGAGAUACAACAAUCAGCAUCUUGAUGGAAAGAAAGUGGAAAUUAAGCUUGUGGGA